GCUGCCGGGAGCUGUAGUCCUCGCGCGGGGAGCUCGCCGGAAUGGCGGCCGCGGCGGAGGUGGGAAGGGGGGGGGGUGAGUGCCCCGCGGUGCCGCUCGCCAGUGGUCGCGCCAUCCCGGUGCUGGGGCUCGGCACUUCCCAUCAAGGUGGUUGUUCUCACGAUGCUGUGGUCUACGCACUACAAGAAUGUGGCAUUCGUCAUAUUGACACCGCAAAAAGAUACGGCUGUGAAUCUCUCCUCCAAAAAGCCAUCAAAGAGAGUGGUGUGAAGCAAAAGGACCUCUGGAUAACUACCAAACUGUGGCAUAGUGAUUAUGGCUAUGAAAACAAGAAGAAAGCCUGGUUGGAGUCUUGUGAAAGACUUGGUGUUGAAUAUCUUGAUCUUUAUUUAAUACACUGGCCUGGUGCAAAUAUACCAGGUAAAAGCAAUCGAGAGGUCCGAGCUGAAACCUGGAGAGCAAUGGAGGAGCUCUAUGAGAAAGCUUUCACUUCAACUGAAAUUCUUCUUUUUAAUGGAUUCACAUCUCAGUUGCAUUCGUUUGUGCAGAUCAAUUGGUGUAAGCAACUUUCUUAUCAGUCAUCUCGAGCAAUUAAAGGAAGACUGUGUGAUUACUCCACAUGUUAAUCAGUUUUCUGCUUACAGCUGUGCUGGAAGUUCAUGUUCCCAUUCCUACUACCUCCUGCCACUGAAAGUAUGCUUAUGCUCACAGAGGACUGGGAGCUGGAAUGGAUGAAGUGCAGGCAUGUGCUUUUCCCCUUUGUACAGGUGGGGAGGAUUUCUGUCAGCUCUUUGUGGUUUAAUGUCAUAAACAGCCACAAAAAGGUUGCUCAGAGCGUGACUGUCAGAACCUAACAUCUCUGACUUUUACUUUCCACUACACUAAAGGUUACUAAAGGACAAUUGAAAUUAACAUUAAAAUAACCUAAACCCAUAUAAAAUAUUUAAGUUCAUUUAUUCAAAGUAAGACAUUGAAAUAUGUCUCAAGAUGGGCAGGUUGAUGACUGUUUAAGAAUCAGUCAGUUUGACGAAGUUAAUUGUGUCUCCUUUUCAGAAAUAUACAUCUUCCAAAUCUUACUGGAGUUUGGCCUUUGUCAUUAUGGUCUGUUAAAUGCCUUUCACUGUCCUACUAAGUCACUGCAAGGAAAAAAAAAUGUAAUCUUGGCUUUGUUUUGAAAUUUCCUCUGGCCCCAAUGUAAAAAUGUUACCAGUCUUACUGUGUCAGUAGUGUUAAUGGAGAAAGGUUGUUUCUUGAUGCUAUUUGACAACAUCUCUCAUUCUGUGGAUGAAAAAGAGGAGAUAAAAAGUUGAUAUGGCAGUGAUACUGGAGGGAGGGUGCCUCCUCUGUAUUCAGAUAGUCAUUUCUUUGAGGUGCUGUGCAGCAUUGUUCCUAGUUACAAACAAAAAACCAGCAAUGAAAUAUCCAUGCCACUGCACACGGCUCCACUUUGAACAGUUUUGUAAUAGCCUUAAUUUACACUUUUUACAGGAAUGUUAUGAACUGUAGCUCCAUAAAUCCAGAAAAGAGUAUUUAUUCUGUUUCUUGCUUAGUGUUGGAGAGUUGCUGAAUCUGAUGAUGAGAUAACUAAGGAAUUCCUAAAUUUAAAUUGGGUGUGGAAGUGCUAUACUAAAUUCUUAUCUCGCUGUCCAGAAUUUAUAACACAAAGAUCGUUGCUGCAUUUAUGCAUAAAAUAGUGUUUUCUUUCAAUGAACUAAUUUCUACAUACAAAACGUUUGCAAAUAAUCAUUAUACACAAAGUCUAAAUAUUUAAGAAAGAAGUAAGGAAAAAUAAUUUCCUACUUAGCUUCGUAAAAUUUGCCUAAAGAAUUUAAGGUGUUCUUACAAUUGCAACAGUUCUGAUCAUAUUAAAAUUGAAAGUUAUUUUUUCCGUGAAGAGGAGAAAGUAGGAAGACAGGAGAAAAGAAGUUCUUCAUUAGACCUUUAUAGUCUUUGCAAACCAGGUAGUAAGUAAUGUUUCUAUUUCACAAACCAAGUUGUAAGUACUACCUCUCUUUAUUUCUGAAAAAAAGACAGUAUUGUAAUGACUUUUUAAGAAGUAGGAAAGGCCUGUCUUUUUAAGAAUAUAGUAUUCUUGGUAUGUAGUAGUAAGUAAGCAUGUUUUAUAUUUACAAACUAUUAUUAAAAAUAGUAUUAAACACUGUGUAAAAUCAUGAUAAGUAUUUUAUUCUAGCAUCAUGUAGAAUGAAACCUGCAGCCUAGAAGUUACAGGUUUGUAUUCCAGAGUUUGUAAUUGACUUGGCAGUAGUAAGUUUGGAUUUAUGCUCACAGAAGUUUUUGAAAGCUCUUAUGUCUGUCACUCAUUAGUGGAAAAAAGUACAUUUUAUAAGAAUGUAAUUAAUAUAUAUGUUUCAUUUAAUAAAGUGAUAACUUUGAAAGCAAAUGUGAAGGGUUCUUCUCUGAAUUCCAGGUAGGAAUGCUCAUAGAUAUUUUUUCUACUUUUAUAGAAGUGCAAAUUCCUGUGUAAUUACAUCAGAGAGAUGUAGUAAUGUUAAUAUUGCCAUUGAUAUUUAGCUAAAUUAUGUAAAUAUGUACAAGGUAGACAUGUAUUUUAGUGUUUCGAGGCAUUAAGAAACACCUGAACUGUUCCUCUAUAGACAAAGUGGUUUCUAGGCUUAGAUUUCAGUUUCAUAAAGAGAAAUAAUUGUAAGGCUGUGCAUUCCCAUUGAGAAACUGUCUGAAAGCCAAAUGCAGGGAGACAUUAUCAGGUGAAAAGAACCCACAGCAGUGUGGAAGGAGUAGGAUCUUUUGUAUACCAUCAUCUCUGGUAUGACUUUCUAGGUAUGUGCGUCAGGAUUGUUUUAGGCUCAACUUUUCCCCACUGUGCUAUGACUGCCAUAAAAAUCAGCGCUUCUGUAGAGUUCCCCUGCAGCUGGCCAAGUAGCAGCCAUGAGGAGUUUUGUAAUGCAAACUGUUUUAGUAAACAAAUGCCAGUUUUCACACAAAAAUACUCUGCCAGAAAAGAUCAAGAUCUUCCUCUACCACCAUAUGACAGACAGCCCUUGCCUGAGAAGUUUGGGGACUAAAAUAGCAAGGGUGGGGCAAGCCAGGAAGCAGGAAUUAUUUUGAGGGGAAGCACGUGCUGGCCACUCACCCAAUCCCUCUUGUAGCUCAGGAUCCUGUCCUUUGCGUUCAGAUGCUGCUAGAACGUUCCAGAAAGUUUUCACACACACAAAGAAAAUCAAUUCAGAAGUGCUUAUUUUAUUUUAUGUAUUUGAUUAUUUUAGCAUAUAUUUAAGAAGAAAAUACUUGCUGCUACAAACACACAAUGGCAUGUGCCAAAAUUCAAUUUUAGGUGUCUCCUGAUCUAGUGAAAGGCACAAAGUAUCAUCUUGAUAGGUAGGAAGUAGUUGUUGCUGUGCAUUUGUGUAUUUUGCUGUGAAACAGGCAAGUGACAUCUCAGCAUGCUGUUGUUGCUUAUUUCUGGUGUAACCUGGAGCUGCGCUGCCUAGAAAUCUUAUUAAACCAGCAGGUAAAUUCUGCUUGCAGUUGUAUUACUAAUAAAUGCUGAAAAAGUCACCUGAUCCCACCUGAUUUGUCAGCCUUUGAUCCUACAUACGUCAUUCUUCAUUUAUUAUUUUCUAGGCUAUGUUAUUUGUUACACUUAGUGUAAAGAAUGUCUACUGAAAUUGCUUAUUAGUAUUGUAAUAAUGGAGUAAUACACCCUGCUUUAACUUUCUCCCCCCACCUCAUAGUUUUGCUUAAAAACAAUGAGAAUAUUUUCUACUCAGCUGAGGUGCAAGCAAGGGAAUAACUGUAUGACCUACACACUGGUCUUACCCAUAUAAACAUGAAAUACAAAGGCUACUCAAAGGUCAAGAAACAUCAAAGGUUGAAGACAUGGAUGUGUCUGCUGCUUGAACCUUGUUCCUGAGUCUACCUAGUAAUUUAGAUCAUAGCAGCUCUAGGCUGACUCAGCCCAGCCUUGGAAGGGCAGUUUUUUUCUUAGCGCAUAUUGAAUGACUGCCAGCCUAUUGUUCCCAGCUAUUGUUGUCUGAAAAGACAACAUGUACUAAAGAUGAGAAACAGGAAAUGUUCAUUUGUCCUCUUUGUGGCCGAAGAAUUUUUCCAGAUUCCAUGUGUUGAGGUAAUUGUUAAAGAGAUAUUUUUUUCCUUCAAAAUGCGCAAUAGUGAGAUCACUGGAACAACAGUGACAGCGAGUCAGAAAAAGUACAUCACAUGAUUAUAUAUUUUAUAAAAGAAAACACUACCCAUUUUUGUUGGGAUGCAGUGGAUGGUAAGCUUCAUACAGCAUAUAACCUGUGAAAUACUUUUAAAAUAACAUAAGAAGGAAUAUUACACAGGUUCUCUUUUGGCAUGUGCUACAUGCCAGAAUACGUGGCAUCCUUACUUUUCAAUAACUGAAAUCCUUACUUUUCAAUAACUUCUGUUUCCUUUUGCUUCCAACAACUAUGUCUUUGUAGCUUGUUACUUUUCCUCAUUUAACUGAUUCUUGGCAAUUUGUGAUCCUCCUUCCUACGAAAGGUCUCCUUCACACUUCACUCCACAGCGUGAUUGCUUCCCUGCGUAAGCUGUUGGUGACACAACACACAAAAUACAGGAUUUUCUAUGUACAAUCCAUGCCAACAGGCUUUGCUUCCAAGGUCAGGCCUUCAUCCUAAGCAAAUUGUUCUGCUUGGUCUCCUGCAAACCCAGUCCUUGCCCAGCCCCCUUCCCUUGCCUGAUCAUUAGUGAAGGAACAGGAAAAGCAGUAGAUUUUGGGAAGAGAAGGUAGUCUCAAAUCACUGAUAAAUUGACCUGAUGCUGACUUUCACUAUGCAUUUGCUUAUAUUUCUGUAACACAGAGCAGAACAAGAAAGAGAGUCCAGCUGCAGUUAGGGCAAACAACGAUUCCCAGCUUCUGGGGGAAGCAUAAAAUAAAUAGUAAACUAUUAUACCAAUUAAAAUGGCAAAAUGAUUGUGGAUUAAUAUCCUUCAUGUCUUCUAAACCUGAUAACUUAGAUCUCCCAGAAGCAGUGGUUUAGCAUAGAGAGGAGACUGAGGGGAUACCUUAUCACUGCCUAAACUACCUGAAAGGACGUUGUAGAGAGGUGGGUGUUGGUCUCUUCUCGCAAGUGACAGGUGAUAGGAUCACACACACAGAAUCACACAGAAUCACAAGGUUGGAAAGGACCCAUUGGAUCAUCGAGUCCAACCAUUCCUAACACUCCCUAAACCAUGUCCCUAAGCACUUCAUCCACCCGUUCCUUAAACACCUCCAGGGAAGGCGACUCAACCACCUCCCUGGGCAGCCUGUUCCAGUACCCAAUGACUCUUACUGUGAAGAAUUUUUUUCUGAUAUCCAACCUGAACCUCCCCUGACGGAGCUUCAGGCCAUUCCCUCUAGUCCUGUCCCCUGUCACUCGGGAGAAGAGGCCAGCUCCCUCCUCUCCACAACCUCCUUUCAGGUAGUUGUAGAGAGUAAUAAGGUCUCCCCUCAGCCUCCUCUUCUCCAGGCUAAACAACCCCAGCUCUCUCAGCCGCUCCUCAUAAGACUUGUUCUCCAGCCCCCUCACCAGCUUUGUUGCUCUUCUCUGGACACGCUCCAGAGCCUCAACAUCCUUCUUGUGGUGAGGGGCCCAGAUCUGAACACAGUACUCGAGGUGCGGUCUCACCAGUGCUGAGUACAGAGGGAGAAUAACCUCCCUGGACCUGCUGGUGACCCCAUUUCUGAUACAAGCCAAGAUGCCGUUGGCCUUCUUGGCCACCUGGGCACACUGCUGGCUCAUGUUCAGUCGGCUGUCAACCAGCACCCCCAGGUCCUUCUCUUCCAUGCAGCUCUCCAGCCAUUCUUCCCCCAGUCUGUAGCGCUGCAUAGGGUUGUUGUGCCCCAAGUGCAGGACCCGGCAUUUGACCUUGUUAAACCUCAUCCCAUUGGUCUCGGCCCAGCGGUCCAGCCUGUUCAGAUCCCUUUGCAGAGCCUCCCUACCCUCCAGCAGGUCGACACUUCCUCCCAGCUUAGUGUCAUCUGCAAACUUGCUAAGGGUGCACUCGAUGCCUUCAUCCAGGUCAUUGAUAAAGACAUUGAACAGAGCUGGACCCAGUACUGAGCCCUGAGGAACUCCACUUGUGACUGGCCUCCAGCUGGAGUUAACUCCAUUGACCACCACUCUCUGGGCCCGGCCAUCCAACCAGUUUUCAACCCAGGAGAGCGUGCGCCUGUCCAGGCCAGAGGCUGACAGUUUCUGCAGCAGAAUGCUGUGAGAAACUGUGUCAAAGGCUUUACUGAAGUCCAAGAAGACUACAUCCACAGCCUUUCCCCCAUCCAGUAGUUGAGUGAUUUUGUCAUAGAAGGUGAUCAGGUUAGUUUGGCAAGAUCUGCCUUUUGUAAACCCAUGUUGACUGGGCCUGAUCACCCGGUUCUCUUGCAUGUGCUUCAUGAUAGCACUCAAGAUUACCUGUUCCAUGACUUUCCCUGGCACUGAGGUGAGACUGACAGGCCUGUAGUUCCCCGGAUCCUCUCUGCAACCCUUCUUGUAUAUGGGCACAACAUCAGCCAGCCUCCAGUCUAGUGGAACUUCCCCAGUCAGCCAGGACCUCUGGAAGAUGAUGGAUAGGGGUUUGGAAAGGACAUCCGCCAGUUCCUUCAAUACUCUUGGGUGGAUCCCAUCCGGCCCCAUAGACUUGUGGGCGUCUAGCUGGGCAAGCAAGUCUCUAACCGCCUCCUCCUGAAUCACGGGAGCCUCAAUCUGCCCCUCUAACUCUUGGAUUUGUAAACAGAAGGAACAACUUCCUUUGCUAUUAAAGACUGAGGCGAAGAAGGCAUUAAGUACCUCAGCCUUGUCCUUAUCCCCUGUCACUGUUAUUCCUUCUGCAUCCACUAGAGACUGGAUAUUCUCCCUCGUCCUCCUUUUCCUGUUAAUGUACUUGUAGAAAGACUUUUUGUCUUUCACAGACUUAGCGAGUUUUAAUUCUAGUUGGGCCUUGGCCCUCCUGAUUUUUUCCCUGCACGAUCUCACUUCGUCCCUGUAGUCCUCCCAAGAUGCCUCAA